UGGAAUGAGUCGUUCUAAGUUCUAGUGGUGGCGCCAGCGAUCGUCGUGGUGGUGGUGGUGGUGGUGGUGGUGGUGGUGGUGGAAUCUCCCGCGGCUGCUAUAUAAUCUCUAGAGUUUUCCAACCUCAAAGAUCUUCCAUCACCAAGCAGUGCUUUGAUCUUCUUCCAUCACCAAGAUCUUAGAGCGUUUCGUGCAUCCCCGAGCACUCACUCACACUCGAGUUCUUCCAAGAUGAUCUACGUCCAGCUCCGGAAAUCCACCACCGAGAACGCCGACGCCGAUGGAGCUCGCCUCUUUGAUCCUAUCGACACGGCCGACGCCCGGCCCGAGCAGCGAGUGGUAUCGCUCCUCGAGGGCGGCCUUCUCCGAUCGAGCUCUACAUUUCCAUACUUCUUCCUCGUCGCGCUCGAGGCCGGGAGUCCUCUCAGAGCUCUCCUCCUCCUCGCCUUCUUCCCCAUCGUCUGGAUCCUCACCCACAUCCUCCAAUGCCGCGAUGCGGACAUCCGGCUGUACGCCUUUGUGACGUUCGCGGGGCUGCACGACGCGGCGGUACGAUGCGUCGCCCGCGCGGUACUGCCAAAGGCCUUUCUUGACGACGUGCACCGCGGCGUCCACCGCGUCUUUGCGACAUGUGACCGGCGGUACGUCGUCACGUCCCUACCGCGCGUCAUGGUGGAGUCGUUCGCAAAGAGCUUCCUGGAGACGGAGCAUGUGCUGGGCAGCGAGCUGCACGUGACGCGCGGCGGAUGGUACACUGGGCUGGUCCGCGGCAUACCGCGCGGACGGGAGAGGUACCGCGCGGUCAAGGAGCUUAACAGCCCGGAUAUAGGCAUUGGGUCCGACUCCUUCGCGGAGCUCUGCAAGAAGGCUUACAUUGUGGGGGAUCACGAUGGCGAUGGCGAGCAGGCAAAGAUCUCCGCGCCGCCGCUCAUCUUCCACGACGGUAGGCUCGUUCACAGGCCGACCCCUCUCUGGGCGCUCACGAUCCUCCUCUGGCUCCCAUUCGCGAUCCCGCUCGCGAUCACUCGCAUCCUGUUGGGUAUCUGCCUCCCCAAGCGCGUCGCGCUGCCCGUCGAGCACCUCCUCGGGGUGUCCGUCCGCGUCAGGGGGCGUCUCCCGCCGCGGAUAUUCCAGCCCUCCCAGCGGGGCGUCCUCUUCGUCCUCUCCCACCGUACGCUUCUCGACCCCGUCUUCAUCUCCUUCGUGAUGGGCCAGGCCGUCGCGGCCGUCACCUACAGCCUCAGCCGGGUGUCCGAGCUCUUCUCCCCGAUACGCACCGCGCGGCUCACGCGCUGCAAGGACCGAGACGCCCGCAGCAUGACGCGGCUGCUCGCGCAGGGCCACCUGGCGGUAUGCCCCGAGGGCACGACGUGCCGCCAGCCCUGCUUGCUGCGCUUCAGCGCCCUCUUCGCGGAGCUCACGGACACCAUCGUCCCCGUGUCCCUGGCGACUACCAUGCCGGUCUUCCACGGCACCAGCGCGCGCGGGUGGAAGUGCCUGGAUUUCCUCUUCUUCUUCAUGAAUCCGGCCGUGAGGUACGAGAUGGAAUUCCUGGAGCAGCUCCCACCGGAUCAAACAUGCGGCGGCGGCGGGCGGAGCAGCCACGACGUCGCCAACCACGUCCAGCGGCUAAUCGCGGACGCCAUGGGCUACCAGUGUACCACUCUCACGCGCAAGGACAAGUAUCGCGCCCUCGCGGGGAACGAUGGCAUUGUCACAAGCAAGAACCCUAAUUUGGGAUUGUAAACGAGAUUUUUUGAAUUGCAAGGAACCCUAAAAACA